AGACGCUGCCAAAUGCUGAACAGGUCUGGACAAUGAGGCAAUUCGCGUCCUGCUCGGAGACGUGGCACCUCUGGGUCAACGUGGAGAUGUCAUUCAUAUAGCUGUGGAAGGCUUUAUCAGCUCUUGAGGAAACUUUCCCCUGCACACACACUCAACUAGUCAAGGCUGGAGCUGUAGUGGAGGAAUAUGGAGCUUGUAGAUCUCCUGGCAUUUGCCUCCUCAGAAAUGAAUAGUGCAACGGUCACCCUGGCUUUGCUGGCGGUCUUCCUGGUUCUGCUGUAUUGGUACUCCACCUCUGCAUUCUCCAAACUAAGCAAUGUAGGGAUCCGACAUCCUCCACCUCUUCCUUUCGUUGGAAACCUGCUCUUUUUCCGCGAGGGCUUUUGGGAAAACCACACAAAACUCAUAACAGAGUAUGGACCUGUUUGUGGGUACUACAUUGGUCGCCAGAUGUUUGUGGUGGUCUCCACACCAGAGAUGAUCAAGCAAAUCUUAGUGACAGACUUCAGUAACUUCACCAACAGAACUAAGCCGAGCUUGAUUUCCAAGCCAAUGCUUGACAGCAUCCUUUGUCUUCGUGAUGACAGAUGGAAGUAUGUCCGGAGCCUCCUGACCCCAGCCUUCAGCGAUACCAAACUGAAAGAGAUGAUACCGCUGAUAAACCAGGCCUGUGACAUCCUGCUGUGUAACUUGAAAGUCUAUGCAGAUUCUGGCAAAGCUUUUGAUAUCCAGAGGUGUUACAACUGUUUUACCUUGGAUGUCGUUGGUAGCGUAGCUUUUGGUACUGAGGUGGAUUCUCAGAAGAAUCCUGAUGACCCCUUUGUUAAGAAUUGCAGAACAUUCUUUGAAAUGUCUUUGUUUAAGCCUCUCCUCAUUCUAAUCCUUUCUUUCCCAUUCAUAAUGAUCCCAUUGCUCCGGAUUUUGCCAAACAAGAAACAAAAGGAACUGAAUGGAUUUUUUAUCCAAUCCAUAAAAAAUGCAAUUGUCUUCAGAGACCAGCAAGAUGCAGCUGAGAGGCGCAGAGAUUUUCUUCAGUGGAUGCUCGACGCUCGCGACUCAGCUGACUCCCUGGCAGCUGGGUGUUUUGAUGUGAUCAGUCCAUCUGCCGCUUCCAGACAGAACGAAGCACCUCUUGCUGGCAGGGCCCCAUCUGAAAAGGUUCAGAAGACUUUAACAGAGGAUGAGAUAGCAGGCCAAGCUUUCCUGUUCCUGAUCGCUGGGUACGAGACCACCACUAGCACACUGUCCUUUGCUACAUACUUGCUAGCCACCAACCCAGAGUGCCAGAAGAAGGUGCUUCAGGAGGUUGAUGAGUUCUCAGCAAAACACAUGCGUCAAGUUCGUGUUCACUCAGGAUACGAUAUGAAGAAGGUUUUGUGCAGUGAGGAAUGA